AUGGUAGAAGUCGAGCAAAAGGCGAAGUUGAUGUUGGAUGAUGAGGACGACGCCUGGGUCUCGGUCCACCUCGAGAACGGCAUGGUCUCGGAUGGCGAGGAGGGCAGCAAGGGUGCAGAGGAAGGGGAUAACACAGAGAGUUUGUCGGACGAAAGGACGAAGGGGAGACAAGUAUACCGGGUUAUACUCGAAGAACCGCGCUGGGCGAGACACAACCGCACAGACGACAAUGCAGCGCUGCACACAGAGUGGACACGUAUUGCUUCAGAUCAUCUAUUCGUUCACCUCAAGCACCUAAUGCAGGAUGUUGCAUCUCCUGCGGACGGUACCGGUAUCCAUUACUUCAGGAAUUUCGUCUUCGGCGCUAACAAAGUCUACCAGACCAUAGUGCCCCGGCGCCGCGAACACUCCGCCGCCGCCGCUCUCGCUCGGUUCGGCUGUCUGCCUGGACAUCCGGCACGGUCUCGCGUCGUCUUCGAGAUACGCGGGCUCGAGCAGCAUCGACAGCUGCGCAGGGCCCUGCCUUCCUGCACUGCUAUGCAAUGGCUGAAGGCAGUGUGCCAAUUCUCUCACAUGAUAUACCGCAAGUCCCUGCAAAAAUCUUCCAAGCUCGCACUCGAAGCGUACCUCGCCGUACUGCGCGAUAUCCAGAAACUCGUGAAAAGGAGCUGA